GACACAUAAAAGAUUCAGUCUCAGUGAAAAUUUCCAGAGAGAAGAAUCCGAAGCUAGGGUUUCUUCCUUCCACCCCAAUUUCUUCCAAACUCUUACCAGCGUCUUUCUCUCUAAGAAGAUGGUUAACAAGAAACGGCUUUCUUCUAAAGAUGAUUUCAGCGACACCUAUACAUGUGACUUAGAAUUCCGAAUCAACAACUCCAACGGCUUCCUUCCUCCUGACUCGCCGGAGAAAUUAGACUCCAGCCACGCUGCUUUCGAUGCCGCCGAAGAAACACCAAGCAUGUUAAUGAAGAGUAGAAAGAAACGCAAAGCUACACAUGCUUCUGAUUCCAAGAGACUCUGGAGUAAAGAUGACGAGCUUGUCAUUCUAAAGGGCAUCGUUGAGUACCGGAACGAGACAGGAGUGGAUUAUCUUUCUGAUUCAGCUGCAUUUUUCGAUCAUAUCAAAGAUGCCAUUGAUGCUAAAGUCUCAAAGGAUCAGCUCAUGCGUAAGAUCAGAAAGUUGAAGACAAAAUUCCGUGAUAAUUUGGCUAAAAACCCUAGCUUUACUAGCUCCCAAGAUUCUGAGACUUUUGACUUGUCCAUGGCAAUAUGGGGCAAACAUAAAUCUGGAUGUGUUGAUCGGAGCAAUGACAAAGCUAAGGGGGCAAAGAGAAAGGUUCGGGCUUUCGUGGAACAGGAGGUGGUGAUAAAUGGUGAACCCGAGAACGCUGAUGGAUCAGCAAAAGGCGACUCCUUUGACAAAUUGCCUUCUGAAAAUGUUGACAAAACUAUAGAGAUUGAGACUGGUGGGAAGGAGAGUGAGAAUGAUGCUAACGGGAAGGAGAGUGAAGAAGAUGGUGCUGCUGAUGAGCUGUGGGCUUUACAGGACGCGCUUGAGACGACACUGUUUCAGCAUUUAGGUAAGUAUGCACAGAAGCAGAUGCUUGAGAAGUUGAGGAGCCUUAGAGCUAAGGAAAGGAAAGAGUUGAGCGUGUACAGUGAAUUUCCUCUUGGUAUAGUGGAAAUGGCGGCUUUAUUAGCUUCUCAGAGCUGCUGCUAUGGUGGUGAGACCGCAAGAAUCACCAAAGCUAUUGGUUUCAGUGGCUCUGUAGAGAAUCCUUUCACUGGGGAAGCUACUCAGUGUUAUGGCAGCAAGUCCAAGAGAUUUCGUAUUGAGAUGAGACAGUCUGAAUCGCCCUCAAAGGUUGGAAUCAAUGGACGUUCAGUCAAAAUGGUUCCUGCCAGUGAGGUGGUGAAAAGGAAAGAUGGUGUGAAUAAUGUGAAUGGAUCAGCGGUGAAAGGUGUUAAUGGAGCGAGUUUGGUUAGUAGUAGAAACAUUAAUGGUGCGCCCUCAACUUUGGUUAAGGCACCAAAGAAAACAACAGGAUCUUACCUUCCUCCACCGGUUGAAGGAGUUAGGGUUCUUCCUUCUGAUGAAGGAUUUAGCUGGGCUGAUGAGAAUUACAGCUCACUUCAACGCAGUAUUGAUGUUUGGUCGUUUGUUAUUUCCCUGAGGAUUCGUAUCUUGUUCGACAAUGCAAAAUGGGCUUAUGUUGGAGGAUUCACAGAAGAAAAACAGAAAAGCCGAAGAAGAGAAACAGCUUCAUGGUUGAGAGAGAGUGUAUUGCAGCUUGGUCCAACGUUUAUCAAACUGGGACAGUUGUCUUCAACUAGGUCGGACUUGUUUCCACGCGAAUUCGUGGAUGAACUUUCCAAGUUGCAGGACAGAGUCCCGGCUUUUUCUCCAGAGAAAGCAAAGCGCUUUAUUGAGGCUGAACUUGGGGCUCCUAUUAGUGUAAUGUAUAAAGAAUUUGAAGAGCAACCCAUAGCUGCAGCUAGCCUUGGUCAGGUACACAGAGCUGUGUUACACAAUGGUGAGAAAGUGGUAGUAAAAGUACAAAGACCCGGACUAAAGAAGCUUUUCGAUAUCGAUUUACGAAAUCUGAAGCUGAUUGCCGAGUAUUUCCAGAAAAGUGAAUCAUUUGGUACAAACGAUUGGGUUGGUAUUUAUGAAGAAUGUGCCUCAAUUUUGUAUAAAGAGAUUGACUAUAUAAACGAAGCUAAGAACGCUGACAGAUUCCGGAGAGACUUCCGGAAUAUAAACUGGGUCCGCGUACCUUUGGUUUAUUGGGAUUACUCUGCCAUGAAGGUCUUGACUUUGGAGUAUGUACCAGGUGUUAAGAUCAACAACUUGGACGCCUUAGCUGCACGGGCUUUUAACCGAUCUAGAAUCGCAUCACGGGCCAUUGAAGCUUAUCUUAUCCAGAUACUCAAAACCGGUUUCUUUCAUGCGGAUCCGCACCCAGGAAACCUUGCAAUUGAUGUAGAUGAAUCAAUCAUCUACUAUGACUUUGGCAUGAUGGGAGAGAUCAAAACAUUUACUCGGAAGAGAUUGCUUGAUCUCUUCUAUUCUGUUUAUGAAAAAGAUGCAAAAAAGGUCAUGCAAAACCUUAUAGACCUUGAAGCACUUCAACCCACUGGAGAUCUUUCAUCGGUAAGGAGAUCAGUUCAGUUUUUCUUGGACAACCUAUUAAGCCAAUCACCAGAUCAGCAACAGACUUUGGCAGCUAUUGGAGAGGAUCUGUUUGCAAUUUCCCAGGAUCAGCCAUUCCGUUUUCCAUCAACUUUCACCUUUGUCAUCCGAGCAUUUUCCACACUUGAGGGUAUUGGUUACAUCCUUGAUCCAGAUUUUUCCUUUGUGAAGGUUGCGGCUCCUUAUGCGCAGGAACUCCUGGAUUUAAAACAAAGGCAGCGCUCGGGAACUCAGCUUGUCCAAGAAAUAAGGAAGCAGGCUGACGAUGCCAGGUCUUCUACUCUGUCUAUGCCCUACCGAGUGCAGCGAAUAGAAGAGUUUGUGAAAGAACUCGAUUCAGGCGAUCUAAAACUCCGUGUUCGGGUUCUUGAGUCGGAAAGAGCAGCCCGGAAAGCAACAAUACUGCAGAUGGCGACAAUGUAUACAGUUCUCGGAGGAACUCUACUUAAUAUUGGGGUUACGUUUAGCAACCAAGGAAGUCAGCUUGUUGCCAAUGGAUCCUUCAUUGGAGCAGGGAUAUUCAUGUUAUUGGUACUGAGAUCUAUGCAAAGGGUAAAUAAGCUUGAUAAGUUUGAGAAGAUGAUAUGAUGAUGACUGGUGGAUAUUUUAUUCUUUUGAAGCUCCAAAUAUCAGAUAUAGAACUGUGAUGUAUAGGUAUAGCAUGUAUCUUUAGCUCCCAUACACAAUAUUUAUAAAUUGUAUAAAAACUGUUUCUAAGUCUCAAUAAAAGGAAAGUCAAAGA